UUCAGUCUCCACUUUAUAUCACGGCCAUUGGAAGGCUCAAAGGAGAGCUGAUCGUCGAUCUCCCAUGUCCUCUAUAUAGUGUUUCACACGAUCAGUCAUUCUCACCUCUUCUUUUCUUCUUUCCUUUUAGUGGGCAACAACGCAUGCCAUCUCGGUUCGGAGAGCUAGAAGACAUGAAAACAAUGAGAGGCAGGUUCCUUAGGAAGUUGAAAGUCGCCCCAACCUUGAGCAACUUGAAACAAGGCCUGGCUUUUCAGCAUAAUCCUCCAGAGAUAUUCUGCACCCAGAAAUAUGCAACCCCACCACCUUUUUAUGAUGAUCAAGAUCUCAAGUGCAACCACCUGAUUGAGCUGGAUGCUACCCUUAAUGGCAGUGAAGAUGAUAAGCAUGCUGAGAAAGAAGAAAUGGAAUUGGAAUUCAGUCCUAGUAACAGAGAUAAGGUCACAUCCACCAUAAGGUCCAAGGAGACACAGCUUGAAAAGCAAAGCCUAGUGGCUCCUACCUUGCCAGAGACCAAAAUGGAGAGUAAUAUCACUCAAGACAGUAAAUUAUACCCGUCUCUGACGGAUUUUGAGGAGAUAUGCCCACCAGGGGGAACCCAAUCGGUAAUUCUCUACACUACAAGUCUGAGAGGCAUAAGGAAAACCUAUCAGGACUGCAAGACAGUCCAUUUCUUGCUGAGAAGCUUUAAAGUAUUAUACUUUGAAAGGGAUGUGUCUCUGCACUUGGAAUACAGAGAGGAGCUUUGGAAGAUCUUAGGCAGCAAAGUGAUUCCUCCCAAGCUAUUCAUCAAAGGGAGAUACAUCGGAGGAGCUGACGAAGUGGUUGGGUUGCAUGAGAUGGGAUGGCUCGGGAAGCUUCUGGAAGGAAUACCAAUUGACUCAGCCAAUCGCCCUUGCACUGGCUGUGCUAACAUGGGGUUUUCCAUUUGCUCCAACUGCUGUGGAAGUUGCAAAGUCUUCACCAGCAAUGGCGAAAACGAUGAAUUGUGCCUCAGAUGUCCAGAAUGCAACGAGAAUGGGCUUGUCAAAUGCCCAAUUUGCUGCUAGCUAGAAUAACAUUGUUCUAACUAGGAUCAUCUUGGUCUUGAUCUCUGUAUUGUAUAACCGUCGUGUUCUAUAUUUAUUAGUCUUCUAUGUGUAAUAUUUGUAAUCUAGCAGUCCCUAGAGUGGCAUUGUACUGAAGUUAUUUCAAUGGAUUGACUAUAAGCCGAUGCUAAGUAUUUAAAUAAACAUGAUACUUGGAGACAUUAGUUCUGAUUGCGGGUUA